ACCUAAGCCCGGUUUCAGUUCAAACCAUUUCCCCACUGUUCCUCUUGACCUCUCCCUCCCCUUCCCCUCUCGUCGUCUCCCCAUCUCCGGCUAGGGUUUCCCCGCCCCACCGAGCCCGACGCCCUCGCCACCCUGCCGCCCCUUCGCCGUUGCCAACGCCGCGACCAGGGAUGUCGCAAGCGGAAGUUGGGGACGAGCCGUCGCCGCAGGCGGAAGGCGAGGCGCAGCCAGCCGCUGAUGUCCCCAUGGACGACGCCACGGCGGCGGAAGAGGAGAAAUCCGUCGAGGAUGAGGGCGGACCGGCCGGCGCCGUCGAUUCCGUGAAGGGUUCGGCGGACCCAGAAGUAGCGGGCGCGGAGGAGCGGAGUGGUGACGCGGCGGCGGAUUCGGUUGGCGAGGCUGAGAAAUUGGAGAACGGGGAUGGGCAUGCGAAGGUGGACGGCGAGAAGGGCGGCGACUCGCCGGAGGAGGGAGGCGGUAGUGACGGAGAUAACAAGGGCGUGGGUGGUCAGAAUCAGCCUGCUGAGAACCAGCUUAUGCUGGUGCCGGCUGGGGAGGACCAGGCACUGUCCAAGAUCUCCAACAACUCCUUCAUGUUCGAUUGCACACAAGGCGGUGAUGACUCGGGGACUGAGGAGGAGCAGGCUGCUUUCAUGAAGGAGCUCCAGCGGUUCUACAGGGAGAAGAUGAUGGAGUUCAAGCCCCCGAAAUUUUACGGUGAAGGGUUGAAUUGCCUCAAGUUGUGGAGACAAGUAACUGGAUUGGGUGGCUAUGAUCAGGUUACAUCGUGCAAACUGUGGCGUCAAGUGGGAGAGUCGUUCAAACCUCCAAAGACAUGCACAACUGUUUCAUGGACCUUCCGUAACUUCUAUGAGAAGGCACUUCUUGAAUAUGAGAAACACAAAAUUGAAACAGGAGAAUUCCAAGUUGCUGCAUCUACUUUAACAGAGCGAUUUGCCUCCGAAAGUCAGGUGGGUGGAAGCCAUGCAUCAGGUUCUGGAAGAGCCAGAAGAGAAUCCGCAACUCGUGCUAUGCAAGGCUGGCAUUCUCAGCGUCUGCUAGGCAAUGGUGAAAUUGCUGAUCCAAUAAUUAAGGAUAAAGGGACUGUUGUCUUAAAGAAGGAUAAAACUCCUAAAAGCAGUGGUUCUGCCAAGAGGAAAAUGACACCAACCUUGGAAGAUGAUAGGCUGAUACCAUAUAAAUCCGAUAAGCUACAAAAUGGCUCAAUGGUAAUUGACAUGGGCCCUCCUGCUGAUUGGGUGAAGAUAAAUGUUCGGAGAACUAAAGAUUGCUAUGAAGUCUAUGCAUUGGUUCCUGGCCUUCUGCGGGAAGAGGUACAUGUUCAGUCCGAUCCCGCUGGUCGUUUGAUAGUUACUGGAGAGCCUGAGCAACUAGAUAAUCCAUGGGGUGUCACUCCAUUCAAGAAGGUCAUUAGUUUGCCUUCCCGCAUUGAUCCUCACCAAACCUCCGCAGUUGUCACUCUCCAUGGCCAGCUAUUUGUGCGUGCACCGUUCGAGCAAUCAAAAUAAUGAUGCUAUUCAGAAUGAAGCACAAGAAUACAAGUUUGUCUUAUCUCUUAUGGGUGGAAUCAUAUGAUUGUGACUUGAGCUUUGAAGUUCUCACCCUGAUCUUCGUCAGAAACUAGUUCCUUGCUGAUUCUAAUGCUUCGGGAGGCAGGACUCCUUUCAUGCAAGAUCUCUCCUGUAUUAAUUAAGCUAAGCUCGUUAGUUGACCUAGUUCUGUAUUCGGCUGUCGAUUUGCUGUGAUAUGUAGCAAAAGCUAAAUUACCGAGCCUUUAGUUUAGGAUGUAAAUAGCCUGAUCCUCAACAUGUUCAUGGUUUCUUUCCUAUUUAACCGGCAUAAAGGAUACCAUUUGUAGCAUGUAGUUUGUUCCCGUUAUUUGAGUUUUCAGCGGUAGAGAUAUAUAUUAUGUUUGUGUAAUAUUUCUAUCUUAUAAUCAGCUAUUUGUAUAUUGCUUAUAUGUACAGGUAUGUAUAUUGGCUUA